GGCUGCAUACGUAGUGUGAUCUGAGACCUGGUUCGCGCGACAGGCAUCUGAUAACCCUCGUGUCUGUUGUUCCGCCGGAAGCUGCAUAUCGAUUGUCUUGUUAAACCAGCGAAGUCGCGAGCCUCGACAGUAUUCUCUUCAGAUCGCUCGCAUCUCCAAUGAACCCGUUAUUGACGGUAGACUCUGUCAAUUCCAGGCGAGGCACCAUCCAGGGACCAAAAUCUUACUCCACGACUUCCGCUGCACGUUGUGGCGGUUAGAACUUCACAUUCUUUUGACUGCUGGUCCUUCAACCCUGGAUUGCUCGCCUCGAGCGCGUGACUGAAGCAGGACUGUAUGUACGGACCUCCUUGUGCCCGUUUCCGCACCUUGACUUCAUCUUCAUCUUCACCUUCAGCUUCACCUUCACCACGAGCUUCGGAAUCCAACGGCCCCAUCCACGUGGCGAAAAGUGUUGACAAAAUGACUCGCAGAGAGAACCUUGGCGAAUGAUUCGUCCUCCAAACGACCCUGCAGGCCUGUCACCAUCGUCCAAUCCAUGGCUUCACGAUCUCCGCCAUCAUCCGAUUCCAGAACAUGGUGGAAGCUGAAAUCCAAACGGCCGGAAGUCAUCCAGAGUCACGGUCCGGGAGAUCCUCUGUCGCCUUCGCCAAAGAAAUCGCCGAACAACAGUCACAGAACCUAUGGCCACGAUCAAGGAAGCCACCACCAGCAGCAGCCUUCUGACUCUUCGCAUCAAAUUCCGCAGCAGGCACAGCCUACAUAUGUGAAGCAAGAGCCCUCUAGCGAGUUCAAUCGUUUAAGCUUGGCUGAUCCGUCCCGGUCUAAUAUUCCAUCUUCGGAUCCCAUGAGACGGUUCAAACGCCCCGCACAUGACCAGGACUCGUGCUGGCCGAACAAAAAGGACGAUCGGGGGUCUUCCUCGCCUUACUCGGCACGACACGAACAGGCCCUGUCGCAUGCACCUUCACCCCCACUUGGUUCCACCAGGACUCCGACUCCUUCGGCUGGCUAUCAGUCUGCCCAACGAACACCACUGUCAUCUCCCAAGUUAGCGUCGCAGCUGCCGGCAUCUGGCCCUCGACCCUACCCUCGUCACUCAUCCCACCUACACGAAGCGGAAAAGCCAUCCGCCUCCUCAGCGGGCCGUGCCCAGGAUGGUCCACUUGAAGAGGACUCAAAAAUGUUGCUGCAGCCGGAGACCAGGCCCAUCUCUCAGGAACAACUAGUCAACGAAGUCAAAGGCAUAUACGCCGGCCUCGUUAUGGUUGAGAAGAAAUGCGUCGAGAUAUGCCAACAACAGUCUCAAACGACAAACAAGCUCUCCAACGAACAGUGGCAGGCACUGAUAGCACUACACCGGACACUCUUACAUGAGCAUCACGAUUUCUUCUUGGCUAGUCAACAUCCCACGGCGUCUCCUGCGCUCCGGCGACUACCAACAAAGUAUGCUAUGCCUGCCCGGAUGUGGAGACAUGGUAUUCAUUCUUUCCUUGAAUUGCUGCGUCAUCGUUUGCCGUACUCGCUCGAGCAUAUGCUCAGCUUUGUGUACCUUGCGUAUCAAAUGAUGGGCCUGCUGAUGGAGUCGGUCCCGACUUUUCACGAGACGUGGAUCGAGUGUUUGGGAGAUCUGGCUCGCUAUCGAAUGGCAAUCGAAGAAGCCGAUAUGCGAGACCGCGAGAACUGGUCCAACGUCGCUCGUAUGUGGUAUAAUCGUGCUGCUGACCGGUCGCCGAGCAUAGGGAGAAUACAGCAUCAUUUGGCAGUCUUAGCACGGCCCAACGUCGUCCGUCAACUGUUUUACUAUACCAAGGCCCUCAUCAGUGGCGUCCCUUUUGUGAAUGCUCGGGACUCCAUCAUGCUUUUGUUUACACCAUUUCUGGAUAAGUUUGAGGUAACCAGCCAAAAAUACCCAAAGAUGGAAACCUCCUUGGUCACGGCAGCAGGCAUUCUCUUCACACGUGGCUCCGUCCAUGAUUACUGCGGACACAUUACCCAGUUUGUAUCCGAACUCGACGGCACUAUUAACAGGACGGGAUCCAACUUUAAAGUCCAAGGAGCAGAGGUGGCAUCAUCUCUCAUUGCCAUGGUGCUGGAUUUUGGAUCCGAAGAGAACUUCUUAUGGAAAGCCUUCUGUGCAAAUUCCGAGCGGAUGAAGCAAAGCCACACCGAGGAACAAACGGACUUGCCCACGGACGCCGUGCAGGUUGAGGAUCCCAUGGUCAAAGCCAGGAUUCAGCAGAAAUUCUGGGCAGAGAAUGGCCCCAUCAAUCCACAGGAUUUUACCCAGGUUGCUCCACCAACCGGCGAUCGACUCGGAGUCAAGUUCGGUUCUUCUGAUGAGAUAACUUCAUACAUUCUUCCUGUCUGGCAUACUUGCUUCUCAAUUGUCGCUGGGAAGGUGGGGGAUAGGAACAUCCUACCGUUCUUGCACUUUACGUUAGCGUUCCUCUGGAGUCUGUCAUACGUUCCGGGAGCCCUUGUCUACCUUGAAAACUAUGUUCCAUGGGCGAAAUUGGUUUUGUCGUUGAACUCGAUGAACAGGUCUGGAGUGGUCGAUGCUAGAGUCGAAUCCAAGGAGUUUCCUCAGCAGCAGUCUGGAACAGGUCGCCAACUGCCCGAAGACUUCCUGUUGAGAGGAUUCAAGUACACCUCCUACUACUUCCCCAACGACUUUUUCGAAGGGCAAGUAGUGGAUGAGGAUGACCGCACUCUGGAGCUUCCAUCCCAUGCUGCACCGCGCGCCGAGAGAUGUCUUUGGCUUGGGGUGAGACUGGCAUCAUUGAAACGCUACAUCACCUACGACAUCGUCUCCAAGGAGUUUGCGUGUACUGAAUUCGCAUUGGCUUUGCCAGAUGUUUCUCUCAUGAAUACGUUGCAGGUCGGAGCACCCACAAACACCCAGCAAGAUGCGCCCAUGUUGGAUGUGGUCUGAAGACCUUGAUGUCCGAGAUCGGACUAAGAUACGUUCCUGGAUAUUUCCAGGGUUCUGGCGCUCUGCCAUACCCAACAGUCGGCGAAAUUCUUCAGAGAAACUCCCUGACGCACAUGACCCCAGACUGCGAACCUUCCGGAACGGAUGAUGUCAAGACCUCGGUAUCAGCAUAUGUAUGGUAGAACUUAGGGCUGAUCGUGGACAGUAUCGGUACCAUCCGAAAGAGACAUGGCUACGGUUCGAGGCGAGACUGAAGACUCGAGUCCGUUGCUCGGUUGACGGUGAUUAUGGUGGCCAACAUUUUCGCAGAGCCGAAUGCUGGCUGGCGAAGGGGCUGAUUGGUAUGAUGGUCUAUGCCAGUUCUGAGGUGAGGUACGCAUAUGAAAUCAGGUGCUUGACAGGCGUAAUACCAAGCUGGACCGUCCUCGUAGCAUACGAGGGAGGUGAAGUCCGCAACAAAUGCCACUCUACCGGGCUACAGGUGGAGGAAAAGCAAGGAGCAACUGAGUGCACUGAUGUGCAUAGGCAUCAAGUUGCAGCAAUACGGAACGUAUGAUGGAUAAUCACUGAUCAUCCUCAUCACCUUCUUUUUAGGGGAUUGGAAGUCGGAGCAACAUUGUUAUUGGGUUUGAUGGGCUGGCCCUUUGCAUUUCAACAGGCGUUUGUCUCUCGGUCAGGAGUUCUUGCUGACCAGAAAACUUGACGAAUCCCCUAAGUACCAAGGUUACAUAGACCUGCAAUCAAAAGUCAAAUUCAAUGAA